GAUUGGGCCCAAGACUAACCAUUCGAUACUACUCCGUCCUGCAGAAAUACCUCAAUCGAAGUAGUAUAAUUAUUAAUUCGGGUUAUUCCUUUCUUUAUGUAUAAUGUUUGUAUGUAUCGUGUUCGUUUGUUCAAUAAAAAUUAACAUUAAAAGAGAUACAAAUGGGGCACCGUCGUAAAAUAUGCCGUAAAGUAUAAUACUGCGCACGCGCGGUAUGAGCGAGGUACAAGUUGGGCAGGUGGUGCGGAUCGGAGUAAAGUUUUCUCUGCGGAGAUGGGUGCCAAUCGAAGAAUCGCGAUCUUUUUUGGUGGUUUUAUAACGGCUGUUGCUGCUGCAUUUUAUCCUAUAUUUUUCUAUCCCCUCGCACACUUAAACGAGUACAAACAGAUGCAGAGCAUAAAUCGUGCCGGAAUCAACCAAGCCGAAGUUCAGCCCGUUGGUGUGAAAGUAUGGUCUGAUCCCUUCAAAUCAAAAUGAAGGAUUCCUUAAAAUUCAACUCUGGAGGUUGUGUAAUCAUGGAAUGGGACACCUAUAAAUGAAUAGAUGGGACUGAAUGUAAUGUACAGUGUAUGUGGGAUUUUUUUUUCUCCAAAUUCUGUGAUAAUUGCAGAAUUCAUCCAGUUUUCUCUGGCCUUAAAUAAUAAUAAAUAUGUAAACAUAUUGCAUCUUUUUAUUCUAUUUGAAAUUCAAUUGUUUGGGUCUUUUUGAGCAAAAUUCUACCAGUUUUUUUCUCAUGGUGAUUCAAUAAUGCAAGUAAUUUUAGUAAGAUUAAUCCAUUUGAUGUUUUGCCUGUCAUCUCUAUAUCAGUGAAAUUCCUCAUGCAUAGUGCUAGGACAAUAGAAUUGUCUAGGGUUAUACUUUCUUAUUCACCAUCUGUGUUCAUACUUCUUAUGCCAAUGUAGUAGGCUACCACAUUCUUUGAUGCCAGGCCUGCGGUGGAGCUAUAGAGCAAGGCUGCUUUUAAGUUACAUUUAUGAAGUGUGGUAUAAAUGUUAUAUUAAAAACAAAAAAAAAAUACUAAGUUUUAUGACUUACAGUAUGCAAGGCAGGGAUAUUAUCAUUAACAAAAACAUUUUGAUAAAUUGAAAUAAAAUAAGAUGAAAAUAACUACGAAAACUAUAAAUAAUGAACCUGAAAUAAUAUAAAUAAAAUACAGACAAAUACUAUUUAACUAGAGUAAAUGAUUUGGGACUAUAGUCACAAUGUAGAGCAGCUGCCAUUUUGUAGUAACUAGCCAUUUCUGUCUAUCCGUAAAAAAACUAUUUAAACUUAUGUAAAUUAUUUACAUUGUUUUUUUAAUGAUGUAAACCAUUGAUUUCUUUGGUUGGAAUUGCCUUUGUUUUUAGGAUGUGAUGUGUGCUAUCAAGGGUACCCCCAGCUAUUCCAUGUAUUCAUUACAUUUCACCAUCAACUCAAUUAAUUAAUUAAUUAGUUAAAUACCUCAAUGAGCUAUUGAUGAGUUAAAUAUGGUAUGGUAGUGGUUGAGUUAAAUAAUACAUUGGUUAAUUCUGGGGUGACUUUAGGAGAGGUUUUGAAAACAAACUCACUUUGAUACACAAUAUAUUUUUACACCAUUUUUUUGGUGAUUGUUGCAGCCACAUGUGAUGGAUAUGUGCUACGUCAGGAUUGUUUUUUUUUUAAAACUGCUAACACUUUUUCUCUGAGCCACAGCUCUGUGACUGUGUUAUUAAAGACUGAUUAACAUCCACAGAAGUGUGGUCGUAAGUUAUUCCAACCUCUGGCAGUCAGGUACAUUGACAAAAAAUGAAUCCAAAGUGCCCUUUGUUACUUUUAUGUAGACUAUGUUCAUCUGUAUAUCAUCUAUAUAAUGGCUCAACUUAAUAACUUAUAAUGCCUCAUCUUUUUGAGAAAAGAGAUGUGUUUUCUGUGGUCAUUUUCCCCACAGCAGAACCUAACAAAAACACACAUGAAUGUGAAUGACACAGGAUAUGUCAUUGUCCAAAUGCAAGCGGUCUGUGAUUUGGCCAUUUCUUGCAGAAAAGCUGCAGUAAAUUUGAAAAAUUGCAAGGUGUUGCAAAGUUUGUUUAACUUCUGCUAUUGGAAAAUCACACAAUCCUGGAGGGACUGAUUAGCAUCAUUUUCAUUGACUGCAAGUGACUUUUGCAAAGGACUGUUUUCCUGUAUGGUUUGCCUUUUGGUUAUGCUUAUUUUGUGAACAUUGUGAGAGAAAAAUCCAAAUGUAAUACCCAAAUGUAAUACAAAAGUACUGAAUGUUAUGUACAUGUAUAAUCUCCUAGCAAUAGAAGAAUGCACUAGGCCAGUAGAAACCAUGUGUUCAAGGUCAGAUGAUAAAUUAGGCCCUAGUCAAGAAAUAGCGAGCACUGAAAUACCGGAACAAACCAUAUAUGGAAAAACACAGUAGAACGCAGGGAUAAAAAGAAUUGUAAGAAAAGGCUCGGGGGAGAACUCUUGAGGUAUCUCCCUGGGCCCGUGCUGUAAGAUACCACAAUAAACUGAAGGCUGAAAAGAC